UACCCCUUUUCGAUUUCUCUGCCACCUUUUCUUCUUUAUAUUGUGCACUUACCCUUCACUUCUCUCCAUCCCUUCUCACUCUCUCUCUCUCUCUCUCUCUCUCUCUCUAUAGUGCGCCAUAUUGAGCUUUCUCUAUCUAUCUAGUGAGAAAUCAUAUUGAGCUGUAAGAAAAUGGCUGAUAUUUCUUGCUCUAACGGGAUUAAUCUUAAUGGAAAUGGAAAUGGUGUCGUUAAUGGCCAUGGUCACGCUGUCGUUAACGGCAAUGGUCACACAGUGGUAGCAGGAGGAGGUCAGAGGAAGAGCUGUUGGUAUGAAGAAGAGAUUGAAGAGAACUUGAGAUGGUGUUUUGCUCUCAACCGUAUUUUGCAUACAGGAGCAACUCAGUUCCAGGACAUUCAACUUUUGGACACAAAGCCCUUUGGAAAGGCUCUAGUUAUUGAUGGAAAGCUUCAAAGUGCUGAGAUAGAUGAGUUCAUUUACCAUGAAUCUCUUGUUCAUCCAGCACUUCUUCAUCACUCAAAUCCGAAAACCAUCUUCAUCAUGGGAGGAGGUGAAGGUUCCACCGCAAGAGAAUUACUUAGACACAAGACAGUGGAGAAGGUUCUCAUGUGCGACAUUGAUGAGGAGGUGGUGGAUUUUUGCAAGUCAUACUUGGUGGUAAACAGAGAAGCCUUUUGUGAUCCAAGACUCGAGCUCAUUAUCAAUGAUGCCAGGGCUGAGCUUGAAAGCAGAGAAGAGUGCUAUGAUGUGAUCAUAGGAGACCUUGCUGACCCAAUAGAAGGAGGCCCAUGUUACCAACUCUACACAAAAUCCUUCUAUGAAUCCAUUAUUAAACCUAAACUUAACCAGGGUGGCAUUUUUGUGACACAGGCAGGACCAGCUGGAGUGUUCAGUCACACAGAAGUUUUCUCUUGCAUUUACAAUACUCUAAGGCAGGUUUUCAAAUAUGUUGUGCCUUAUUCUGCUCAUAUUCCUUCCUAUGCUGACAUUUGGGGAUGGGUCAUGGCAUCGGAUGCUCCAUUUGUGCUGAAUGCCAAUGAAUUGGACCAAAGAAUGGAACAGAGGAUCAAGGGGGAGAACAGAUAUCUUGACGGCAAAACAUUCACAUCAGCCUCUACCUUGAGCAAAGCUGUUCGGAAAUCACUGGAUAACGAGACUCAUGUCUACACAGAGGGAACUGCAAGGUUCAUAUAUGGCCAUGGUACCGCCUACAAACACAAUCAAGCUUGAGAGUUGAAAUAGAAGGGAGCCCCUAACAAAAUCACAGAGACACAGAAAGACUGCAAGUUGAAAGCAAACUUGCCCUUUUAAAAUGUUUUUUUAUUGGUUUCAAAAAGAAGUGUCUUUCUUCUUCUUUAUCCCACCUUUGUUUUCCAUUUGCUUAUGUAGUUACUUGAAAGGAAUGAUAUAAUGGUAAUGGAUCCUUGUUUGUUUCAUUAGAAA